GAAGAAUUCAGUGGACUAAAGUUUGCAGGCUUGCCGCUCUCGGGUUGAGUCUGGAUUUUGAAAUCCCAGCAUCUGGAAAAGAUUGAAUUUCUAUAUAUGAACCCUCUGGGUCUCUGACAAUCAAUCACUGCAGCAAUCUUAGUCCAGAAGGGUCUUGAUAGGGUUCUGAAAUGGAACCCGUAGCCUUUGUAGUAGACAAGUUUAGAGGUUUGACGAAAUCAACCCAAGAAUUGUUUGACGGCCUCAUUCAUGGACGCCCUCAACGUUCAGCUCGCCGACAUCCGAUUGAAAUAUUGAAGCGGCUGCAACGAGAAGCAUUUUCGGACUUAAUGAAACUCAGGGAUAGACAAGAUAAGGUUGAGAGAAUGGUUUCCUUGUAUGGAACUUCCAAAGGAAGUCCAUUCCAAGAAGCCAGCACUCUUGUAAGGGGAGAGGUUGAUCUCUUGGGGGCUGUCUUGUUUAUGCAUAAUAUUGACGAUGAGGUUGAUCACAAAUCUGAUGUUCUUAGUCGAGCAGGAAUGAGAACCGGGGUUGAUUCAAGGUUUGCUUUUGAAACAAUUGUUCGGCAGAAUGACACGCUUGUGGCGGAGUUUGUAGCCAGUCAGAAGCACAAGGGUAGUCUUUCUGAUCUUUCAGAAUGCCCACUUUCUCUAGCAAAAGUUUCCUAUACAGCAAAUGUCAGCAACUGGUUAUCUGCAAUUGCAAUCCCAGUGGGAGCUCAGUGCAGGGAUGUUGCAGUUCUUACAAAUCCUUCCCACCAGGGGAAGGGCCUUACUGAUCUUUCAUCAUUUGGGCCACCGCUUCUAAAUCAGCAUAAUGGCAGUGCAGUUGGCUUAAUGGUGAAAAAAUCAAAUAUUGUUGCUUCAUUGGCUCAGUUUGUCUCCGGACUGGGAGCUCAAGUGGGUUCUGGUAGAGUUGAGCUUUGCUUGAGCACUUUUGGGCAAAUUGUCUGUCAACUUCCUGGAGGAACAAAGCUCUCGCUUCUGGGUCUUCACCAAAUGCCUAGAUUAUCAAGUGAGUAUGUGGAUCAUAGAGUUGGAGCUCUUACCAUUCCCUUAGGCAGUUCGACACAUGAUAGAUCCCAUGAGACAAUCGUUGAAGGCAGUUUGACACAUCAUAGAUCCCCGGAGGCAAUGGUUGAAGCAUACGUGCCACCACUGGGAUCAAACUCACCGGAAAAGGGUUCAAGUGGAUCCAUGGCUCUGAUGUUGGAAUCAGAAGUUGAUGAGAUGACAAAGAUUGGGGGUUGGAUUGAGAUGAAGCAGUCAAACCCCAGGCAUUUAGAAUGGGCUGUGAGUGUGUCUGAUGAUUCUGAAGAUUCAGUUGGAUGGGGAAUGAAUUUGAGUGGGAUACUUGGAGGUCCUAAUUUAUGGGACCGUGUUCAGAUUGAAUCCUACAUGAAAUUAAACUUGGGCAAGAGAUUCAGUGUGAAGCCAGGUAUUGCACAUAUUGUCGAUGGGAAUGCCAGAAUGACUGCGCUUAUGCUACGGUCUAACUGGUCCCUCUGAUGGCCAAAAAGAUGAUGGUUUAUUUAGGCCCGCACUUGACAACACUCAAUCCGUUCCCAUUGAUAUAUUAGUUGGCUUCCAAGUUUCAGAUGCUUUGAAGAUGUCUAGCCACAAUAUAACGUGCUGAUCCUAUGUUGUAUUUUUGUUUUUCUUUUCUUUCUUUUUUCCAGACACUGCCCUGAUUCUAUGUUGUUAGCCUUGCUUUUAGUUCUCAUAGUUAUUAUUCAUUUUUCUGGAUCA